AUGUCUGCCCCCUCGAUUCACGCAGAACCCCCACCGGCUGUGGUCAGCGACCCCGAGGGCUUGCAGUAUGAGACGGGCCCCCAGCUGGGCAAAGGCGGCUUCGCCAUCUGCCAUCGCGCGAAGCUGCUGGGCCAUGAACACCUGGGCAGCAGUACCGUCGCUCUGAAGAUCGUCAAGUCGCGGAUGGAGCCUCCCAAGCUGGCGCAAAAGUUUGUGACGGAAUUGCAGAUCCACUCGAAGCUGUCCCAUCCCAACAUUGUCGAGUUCUACCGCGCCUUCUCCUUCGAAACCAGUACAUAUGUUGUUCUGGAGCUAUGCGAGAACGGCUCUCUGGCCGAUGCCAUCAAGAAGCGCAAAUACUUCACCAUGCCCGAGAUUCGACGGUUCAUGAUCCAGACCUGCGGCGCUAUCAAAUACCUCCACCAGCGCAACAUUGUCCACCGAGAUUUGAAGACGGGUAACCUCUUUCUGGACCACAAUAUGAAUGUCAAGGUUGGCGACUUCGGUCUUGCCGCACUACUAUUAUCACCGGGCGACUAUGGGGCGAUCCGGCGAACGACCAUGUGCGGCACACCAAACUACCUUGCGCCCGAAGUCUUGGAGAAGACUGGCAAAGGCCACGACGAAAAGGUUGAUCUGUGGGCGAUUGGUAUUAUGAUGUACACACUCGCUGUCGGUCGCGCGCCAUUCCAUGCAGCAAAGCGCGAAGACAUCUACCGGAAACUCAAAGCCCGUGAAUACAACUGGCCCGACCUUUCCAAGUUUGCCAAUGAAAUUACCGACGACCUCCGCGAUAUAGUAUCAUUGCUUUUAGUGCACGAGGACGAACGACCAACGCCUGAUCAGAUUGUAGCCCAUGACUUCUUCAAACUCGGCUACAUACCACUACAGCUCGAUAGCGGAUGCACCUCUCGAGUACCCAAAUGGCCCCAGAACCGUCCACUGACAGCUGCAACGAAAAGGCGAGGAUACACAGAGGAGUGGUGGCAGCUUUGCAAAUCCUCUGCCGUGGGCGAGUACGAAAAAAACAAGUUUUUCGGAACGUACGGUAGUCGAAGGAACAAGACAGUGGCCCGCGAUUGCCAAAAAGAGAUUGAGGCGGGCAAACAACCGAAUAUACCUUUUGCACCAGACGUUGUAUACGUGCCCUUCCCUGCGCGCGUUCACUGGCCUCAUCAAGCACCGGGUGGAUUGAGCGAGAUUUCUGAAGAAAAGGAAUCAUCCGUCGAAGGUACAGCCCUGGUUGAAACCACGGGAAACGACCGAGCAAAGGGACGUCUACCGCGAGUCGCUAGGAAAGAAGAGCCUUUACCUCAACUCAAGGAAAAUGUGGAACCGGCUCCAACUCCCGUUCCAGCGCCAGCUCCGGUGCAAGAGCCCGAACCGGCACCUAGGAUCUUGGACAAGAAGCCGACCCGUCUAAGGGCAGUGCGGAAAAUCUCGAAUCCAACCAGAGUUACAGCGCUGGCAGCGGCAGCGACGGAGACGGCAAUGGCCUCGGCACCUGCGCCAACACGCGCACCGCGAGAAGCUCGAACGACGGCACGAGCUAGAACAGUGAAAGAGCCUAUCAAAGACGCUCCCAGAGUGACGGCAACCGGACUGCCAGAUCUACCUCCACUGAGGGUGGCCAAAGCCACUGUGCCAGCAGUCGAGAAGUCAGAGCCGAGGAGCCACACGCCCACAGAUCGAGAGACCCCUCGAUACCGUACGAUAGCCAACGAGAUGGCUUUCAGUGAUCCUAUGUCAGUUCUAGCGCGUCUAAUGGUUUUCCGAGAUAACCUCGCCCGGGCAUUGAACAGGAAGCCUACAAAGUCAAGGCGGGAUCAGCCUCCUCAGUUACCCUUUGUUGCUAAAUGGGUGGACUACUCUCGUAGGUAUGGUGUAGGCUAUGUCCUCGAUGAUGGCAGUAUCGGUACGCUACUGUCAGCGGAAGAGAAUUACCCAGUGACAAUCGCCUUUGCUACAGAUGGCUAUAGUCAUCUGCGCAAGGCAGGAAACAAUCGAGAGCUUGCAAAAAGCGUGGCACUCAACUACUACACCCAUGUUAGAAGCGACCGAGGGCUUUCGCCAAUCGAGGUCCUGGACAAGCGACGAGUGGAGGAGAUCCGGACAGUGUGGCACAAGUUUGGCAAAUACAUGUGCGCCACGUUUGGUGACGAGGAGAAGCCGAUGAGGAAGGACCCUCGUGUGAACUUCGUCAAGUUUUACCAAAGACUGGGAAACGUUGGCGUCUGGGGCUUCGAUGACGGCGCAUUCCAGUUCAACUUCCCUGACCACACCAAGCUCGUCUUGUCAUCGGACGCUGGCUAUGGACAUUUCAUGUGUCUGCCCCUGGAUGCGACAUGUCUCCUUGAGGAGACCGGCAAUGUGCCAUGGAGGCACGUAAAGGCACGCGCGAAUCUGCGAGGAUCUCUUCAACAAUUGCUCUACGGCUCCGCAGACAAGCAAGACACAUACAAGGAGCUCACGGAGAGCAACCUCCUCCGUGCAAAAAUCGAGUUCAUCUAUAGAGUGGUGAGGGAGUGGACCGAGCAGGGCGGACUGGGCUGCCUUGUAGACCCAAAGGUGUAUUCGUGGAGCGGCCCCCAGUUGGAGGAGACUAAGCGGUUGGACUGGGCGAGUGUUGGGCGUUUUGGUGGUGAUGUUUUUGCAUGA